UGUUUGAGUUUAAAUUUUUAAUAGUGACUGCAAUGUUAAUUAAAUAUGUUGUGUAUUUUUUAGUUUUAUAUAAUAAGUUUCCAUAUAAUAAACUAGUUAAAAAAUGAAUUAGCUGUCAAAUUUUUUCAAUGGCGCUUAGUAAUUGGAUAUUCAAAAUGACAAAAAUAAGAUCAAUGUCACCAACAACACUCAUUUUUUCAAUAAGAACAUUAUCCUCAAGUGCAACGAUAAGUGCUUUAAGAGCUUUCUAUCUCUCUGUCCAUCCAGACUUCUUUGCUCAACAUCCACAAAUACAGAAAAUCAAUGAAUCCUCACUAAAGCGAUUAAAUAGUUAUUUAGAAGCUGUUCAGUCUUCAAGGCAAAUAAAAAAUUUACAUCCAACUAAAGUAACUUUCUAUUUUCGAAAAAAAUCUGAUGAGAAAAAUCACUUGAUUGAUGAUGAUUUCAAGCUUGUAAAUUUUACUUUGCGAUCUCACGAUUUGAUGACAAAUAUUGAACAUAUAUUAGUAUCAUGUGGGCUUUCUGUAACUCACUUAAAUGAGGUUGUGCAUAAGCAAUCAUCGAAAUCUAAAGAGUUACCAUUGGAAAGUAGAUAUCGAAAGACAACUUAUGAUCCAAAAAAAUGGAGCCAGAACUUGCGUGAAGAAGAAUUUAAGUCAAGUGAUGAGGUUUCUACUCUGGGAUUAAGGAGAUGGCUACAAAAAAAUAUUUCUGAAAUAAGAAUGUUACAAGAAUCUAGUCAUUUAAUUGUAGAUAACAACGAAAUGCUUAGGAAUGAUAUAGCUAUGGCGUAUGGACUGAGAGAGAUUUUUUGGUGCAGCUCAUGGCAAUACAGGAGCGAACAAGGUGUUUUACGGAAUUUUGCCAGAUUUUGUGACCAACAUAAAGAACAAGUACAAUGUUUGCAAGGCAAAAAGUUGGUAUUCACUGACAGAACAAUGGUUGCUGCUGAUGAGAGUGUUUGUUUCAAUGUUGAAGACGUUCCACAACAAUGGCUACAGUUUUUGAUAAAGUACCAGAGUAUAGACCCUAAGUUGUUUGAUAGAGGAGCACAUUUGGAGAAAGUCAUUUGCAAUAGAUGUGGAAACAUUAAGGUUGUGCGUCCUGAAGUUCGGUUAUCUAGGAUGCGCACUCACACACUGUUAUCUGUCCACGAGUAUAUUACAAUAUUAAACAAAAUAACAACGGGAUUACUUUGGAUGCAACAGACAGAAGAACUAACUGUGUUACCAUGGUCAAUGAGAAAUCAUGAAAUUAUGUUUGUUACAUCACACGAUCCUGAUGGGGACAAGAUUUCAAUAUCACCGAAUGGUCGAUUUUAUGUUGAUAUGAAUUGUGAUCCACAUCAUCUGCUCAGUUUUCUAAUUCAGAAAAAAUCUUCGGCGGAGGAAAGAAAAUACUUUAGUUCUAGUGAGGAAUCCAAAUUUCAGAAACUGUCAUCUUUGUGUAAAGAGAAAUUGGGAGUGCAUUCAAUUUCGAAAGAUUUUGAUGUUGAACAUCACCAAUCUGCAAAGUUCUGUGAAAAAUUACUUAAAAACUCUGCAGAAUUCAACGUUUUACUCAAAGAUCUUGAUAUAAGGAUAACUUUAACUUAUUACUCUUUAUUUGACCAUGGAAGAUUGUGUGUCCCGUGGGAUUGGAGGGCAUAAUAGUACCAUACUUGUUAUUCUUGGAUUUUCCGUAAAGUGUUCAAACAUUCUCCAAUCAUAUCUAAUCACUAAACAAAAUCCAGAAUUCAAAUAUAUUAAUAUAAUCAUACUAAUAAAUCAUAAAAUUGAUUUUGUUGAUUAUGUAUGAUUGAACAUAACUCUUUGAUGUUGCUAUUCACUGUAAACAUACAAAGUCUGACCAGUUCGGUAACACUUAUUCAACCUAUUGCUAACAAAUAAACAUAACAAAGCUUUUAUUCUGGUUCUCACUAUUAUUCUAUGUCAACGAGCUGUGCUUGUCAGGGAUGUCACUGUGAUAAUCGUUCCGAAACACGCAUGGGUUUAGUUAGUAUUAUUAUAUUGUCGGUAUCUAACUCUUUUCUUGAUUUUACCGCUUGUGUUCACUGAUUAACUGUGGUGAUCCUCACAUGGUGAUAUCUUUGAUUUCUUGUCCAUUUCUCAUUAAAUAUUAGUUAUCUAACAUUACUUAGAUUCUUAGAAUUGCAUAUUUGUUUCUAUAAUGACUGGGGAAUAAAAUCAAAAAUAUGUG